UUCUCCCGCCGCCAGGUGCGACCCCUCGGCGAGCGAGCCCCGCAGUCCUGCACUCGGAGUCCGAGAUGGCCUCAGUGACCGAUAGUAAAACUGGAAUCAAAGAUGCCUCUGACCAGAAUUUUGACUAUAUGUUCAAACUGCUCAUCAUUGGUAACAGCAGUGUUGGCAAGACCUCCUUCCUCUUCCGCUAUGCUGAUGAUACCUUCACCCCUGCCUUUGUCAGCACUGUGGGCAUCGACUUUAAGGUGAAGACAGUAUACCGCCAUGAGAAGCGAGUGAAGCUGCAGAUUUGGGACACAGCUGGGCAGGAGCGGUACCGGACUAUCACCACAGCCUAUUACCGUGGGGCUAUGGGCUUCAUCCUUAUGUAUGACAUCACCAAUGAGGAGUCCUUCAAUGCUGUCCAGGACUGGGCUACUCAGAUCAAGACCUACUCCUGGGACAAUGCUCAGGUUAUUCUGGUGGGGAACAAGUGUGACAUGGAAGAGGAGAGGGUUGUCCCCACUGAGAAGGGCCGACUUCUUGCAGAGCAGCUGGGGUUUGACUUCUUUGAAGCCAGUGCCAAGGAGAACAUCAGCGUGAGGCAAGCCUUUGAGCGCCUGGUAGAUGCCAUUUGUGAUAAGAUGUCUGAUUCGCUGGACACAGACCCCUCGGUGCUGGGCACUGCCAAGAAUACCCGUCUCUCAGACACUCCACCGCUGCUGCAGCAGAACUGCUCAUGCUAGGCAAGGCCUACCCACUUAACCUCCCCUCAUUGUAGUCCACAUGCACUUUGCUUCUCUGUUACACACUGUCCACUCUCACCCAAAGAAGCUGCAUUGCUGCUGUUCUUUGCUUUCCCCGCUCCCCAACCCUAGAGUACCCUGCAGAUAGCCCCAGUUACAAAUACAUAGCACUAGGAUAACAGCACAGGUCAGAUUGUGGAUGAAGACUUGUAUUACAAAAGAAAAGUUCAUUUUAUGAAGGAGAUUCAAUACAGGGACUUGGAUUUUUCUGUAUUUAAAACUGAGAUUUCCUUCCUUCACUUACCAAAAUUUCACACACACACACACACACACACACACACACACACAC